AUGUCUGGACGUGGAAAAAAACCUGCUGUGGCUGGCAGACCUGGAGCUGUGCCGAAGAAAACAAGAUCGGCCAAGGCUGGUCUGCAGUUCCCAGUGGGUCGUGUCUACCGGCUGCUGAAGAGAGGCAACUAUGCYGAGAGAAUAGGUCCUGGUGCAGCCAUCUUCYUGGCUGCGGUGCUGGAGUACCUGAGCGCGGAGAUCCUGGAGCUGGCRGGGAACGCUGCCCGGGAGAACAAGAAAGCCAGGAUUCUGCCACGGCACAUCCAGCUGGCUGUGAGAAAUGACGAGGAGCUCAACAAACUGUUCUCUUGCGUKACCAUYGCCCAAGGAGGGGUUAUGCCGAAUAUCCUUUCCCAGCUCCUUCCCAAGAGAACUCAUAAAGAACCUGCUCCUUCCCAGGAGUGA